UAGAUUGUGGGAAAAGUAACUAGCUUUGUUCCAAGCCACUCUGAAUUUCAGCUGUUAGAAUGAUUAAUGAAGUCUUGUUUUAAUUUGGACUUAAAACAAUUCGAUUUUAACCCUAACCACACUUUACAAACAGGAUGACAUAUCAUUUUCUGUAUCUUUCUUGUGGUUUAUGACAUGGCCACAAAACAAAUAUAGUAAAAAAUAAAUAAAAAAAUAAAAAAACUAAGAAUCAAUGGGAAAAGGGAACUUUUUACAAAACCUGUCCUGCUAAUCACAAGUUUAGUGACUUUUUUUUUUUUUUCCAAUGUGGUUUUGAGAUGCUAUCUCUGAGUCUCCACUGAAUGCUGAAAUGUUAAAGCGAAAGUCUUGAUCUUAAAUCUUUCUCUCUGGCCAAUGUGAAGGGGAAAUGUUAUUUAAUGCUAUUUAAAAAUGUUUUCCAAUGUUGUCCAAAGUCUUUAUAAAGAUACUGUACCAAUUUUCAAAACAAAGAUGCAUGUAGUUUGUGGCCUUCACACCUAAAGCUCUUAUAUGUGUGUAUGAGCAAACCUACUUCCUUUGGCCAAACAACUUCCUGCUGCAAAGAGAGCAUUGUCACGACUCUGAUCUCAGAACAGACUUUGGUGUCUGAAUGGUCCGCUUCAAUGACAAGAAAAUCUGAUCCCAGUACAGCAGCCAGCAGUGAACCUUUUGAUAUAGAGAAGGAAAACAUAGAACAGUCUCAUUUCACCUGAAUCGCAAGUGAGAACAAAGACUGCUUUCUGCUUUGCAAAAAUUUCUCAAUUCUUCAUCUCGUUUAAAAAUGGCCUUUAUUGGCUAAGCAUAUUUUAGUGGGGAAUUACUUUAACUGUAUUUUAUAGGCUACCAAUAACAGCACAGAUGGAAACUUUAAAAACCCACGCAAACUGGGAGUGAGCAGAAAGCGUGGUUUUACUUCCUUUGACUGGAAAUCUAGCAAUUGUUCAGAAAUCAAGCAAACAAUGGGCUAUGACUACACAUCCACAAUGGUGUUCUGUUUAAUCGCUCUAACAGCUCUCCUUGUUUCACCCCUGAAGCAUUUGGAAGCAGUGGAGUUGAAAGAAGUUAAACUUGGAGACACAGUGGCACUGAUGUGCAACCUGUCUUUCUACUCUGAGAUCCACUGGCUGAGGAUGAGUGAGGGGCAGCCGAUGGCUCUGAUGGCCACAAGACUGAAACACACUGGAGAACUGUCUGUUGUCUGGAAUUAUAAUGAAACUCAUUUUGAGGGCUUUAUCGAGAAGCAGACGACUGGACUGAGAAUUCUCCACGUCUCCACCAGCGAUCUCGCCACAUACUAUUGUGCAACAUCAUAUCAAAAUCACUUGAAUUUUGACAAAGGAGUGCAACUAUACAUCUUUUCAGAAAACCAGCAAAGUAAAUACAAACCCUUUGAUCGAGUACAAGGUCCCGAUGGUCUUUCUCUUCAUUACAAAGUAUUCAUAGCAGUGCUGUGUUUUGGCCUUCUGGGAAUGUUAGUAUCUGUUUUAGUGGUGCAUAUGAAGACCAGGAAAAAAAACAACACCUCCAGCAAUGAAGAAUAAAAGAGAAUACAGCAUACAAAUAUUUAAAAAGCAUGAUUGUUGUUGUUCAAAUAAAUAUAUGAAACUCCAAAUUUGACAGAUAAUGGGCUGUUUUUGGCCUUUCUUUGGAUAUGAGAAAAGGGAACGAGGAUGGAUAUACAGUCAUGGCCAAAAAUAUCGGC